AUGAACGCCUCUAACACCAACACCAACUUGAACGGCGCUCAGAACGCGAAUGUGGGCCCGCCGGCCGUCUCGACAACUGUUGCGCCCGCGCCGCCCUCGGCCAUUUCGUCCCUCUCCGACAUGUUCGACAACCUUUCCGUUGCCCAGCAGCCCUCCGCCGAUGGCGAUGUGCCGAUGGACACCAGCGGCCAAGGCCCCCCGGUCUCCGCGGGCGCUUUCACCGACUUUCCUACUUCCAAUUUCCGUCCUGGCGAAGCGACGGCGCCAACUUCGCACCGCACCAACAACCACACUUCGGGUAACGUGCGCAGCGCGCCGUACCCCACCAACAUCUCUCAGGCUGCCGCUGCCAGCGCAGUUCUGACAAGCAACAACGUUAUAUCAACCGGCGCCACCCACAUGGGAGGUGCCCACGCAGGCGGCGCGGGCGGAGUAGCGCCGUCGCACAUCAGUGCAGCGCCGGCCGCGGUUCGCCGCGCCGCCGCGCGUCGUGCCCAGCGCUCCCAGCACACGUGUCCCGCUUGCGGCGUCGCGCUCGCCAGGGUGGACAGCUACAAGAGGCACGUGGCGCAUUGCCAGGGGAGGACGGGCGGCAACUCGGGUCCGUCGUCGCGCCGCGGAGGAGGGCCCGGACGUGGAUCUGGAGGCGCGGGGGCGGGACCGUCCUACUUGAUGGCGUACUAG